AUGGAGUUCUUCUACGAGGAGCAAGCGGCCAACAAUGGUCCAGGAUUGUCAGAAGGUGAAGUGCACAAUGACAAAACUACGGAGGAAGCUUUUGAAAAGUUUGAAGGGAGCAUCGACAGACAGUACCAGAAGACAGCAGAUGCAGUGAAGAAACUUAUCCAGAGUGAAGAAAAGGGCUUACAACUAAAUAUUCCUUUGGAUCCACACAUUUCAGAAAAAGCUCAGGAAGCAUUGGACUCGUUGGAUCAUCAACUUCACAAUGUUGAAAACAUGGCCCAAAAUUACUGGCAGAAGGUGUCUAACCCUUCAUUUUGGUCAAACGUGUCAGGUUCACUCGGUUUGAGUGGUGGGAACGAUAGGAAACCCGUGGAGUCGUCAGUAAGCUCCCAGGGUAGAGCUUCUACUCCUCCAGUGGCUGGGAACAGAACAGAGGCGGAAUUGAGACUUUUGUCUAGUGACAAGAACAUCUAUUUGAACCACAGCAUCGAGGAGAAAGUUGAAGAUGGUACUGCUAGCAAUGAUUUCGAUGUAGAUAAACAAACGGCGGAGAUUUCGGACCUUUUGAAGGCUGAUGAAAUACUCUCUAAGACUAUGAAUAGUCUGGUCCCAGAGCACGUCACGUAUGGACGAUUUUGGGAGAUAUAUUUUACGCAGAGACAAAAGAUCGUGGACAUGGAGAACCAAAGAAAAUCGCUGCUUCAAAAUAAAGAGUUUCAGGAGGGCGCUCCGGUGAGUUGGGAUGAUGACGAUGAAGAUAACGGUGCUAGGUCAGCCGAUGACCGUAAUGACGAGGAAGACUCCGAGACGCCCAGGGAAAAAACGGUCUCUGCUAGUCAGCAACCAAUAGAUGGCAGUGACGGGGACGAUGAUGACUGGCAGUAG